AUGCUCUUACAGAUGCAACUAAUUCAUGAAAUUUCCAACUUAAAGAAUUUAGUUAAGCAUGCAGAAGUGUAUAAUCAAGAUCUUGAGAAUGAACUAAGUUCAAAAGUAGAGCUGCUUAGAGAAAAGGAAGACCAGAUUAAAAAGCUACAGAAAUACAUAGACACUCAAAAAUCAGAAAAUGUGAACAUGGACUUGUCAUACUCAUCGGAAAACAUUCAAGACCUCAAACAGAUGAAACAGACUCUGUUCGAUGCUGAGGCUGUAGCCCUCGAUGCCAAGAGAGAAGCAGCCUGUCUCAGGAGUGAAAAUCUGGAGCUGAAAGAGAAAAUGAAAGAACUUGCAAGUGCAUGCAAGCAAAUGGAAAAUGAUAUUCAGUUAUAUCAUAGGCAGUUGGAUUUGCAAAGAGAUCAACUUGCAUUUUCUUCUUUGCCUCCAACUGCCUAA